AUGGUAUGCUUCUUCCUCUCACUGCCGUGUUCAUCUCUCGACUACGAACCUUACACUGAAUCACAUUAUAUCAGCAACCGCACCAUCGUUAUCGUCACAAGCAUGUGUACGUCGUAUGAUCCCCGUAUCUACGACGUCCUCUCGUGCUGGUCGUUUGACCCUGCGAAGGAUGUUCCGACUUCUUCUUCUCCGCAACACCAACCCCUGAUUUCGGGAGCAACAGCAUUGCCCGGCGAUUUGUCACAGCACUCCGAGGGGAUCGAGACUGGAAAUAAUCACACCUACCGUCGAUAUUCAUCUGUUGUAAAUGGGUUGCCUAUCUUUGACAACAAUUGUCCCGACGAAAAUGCUAGAACAAUACUGUCUAGCUCAAAUCCUAAUAAACCUCCUACCACCGAUCAAGUAACUUCCUACAACGCAUCUUCCCUGGGUUGGCCUUCUCCCCCCGUCACCCUCGAAGUCUUUCGUGUAAUCGGCUAUCGCACAAUUUUUGGUCGAGGAUACGAUGAGAAGAAUGAGUUCUGGGUCAAUUGGAAGGGAUACCCUGCAUCUGAAGGCACCUGGAUGAAGGAAAGCCUCGUUCGACGAAUUGCGCCCCUACAAGUUGCGGAGUUCAAUCGUGAACGACGCUUAUAUCUUUCAUUCGACAUGAGCCUUGUGACUGCGGCUGUUGACAAAGAACUGCGCCCGAAUUUGGGCCAUGGCUGCCUUGCUUUUGCCAUUCUUCGUUAUAGUUGA